GAAUGUUCUCAUAAUUUGUCAUAAACAAUACUGUAAUAUUACUAGUACUGUUGUCGGAAAUUACUCUGCUUGGCCUGUCGAUUUUGAAAUGUUACCGUUUAGGUUCUCGUGGGCGUUAAAGGAGUUUUGCAAACCCAAUCUAAGGCUCAUUUGGAAAAAUAAUUCGGAUCAUCCAGCAACCGCCGGAGGAUGCGCAUCUUCAUAUAGACGGUCCCUGUGCACGCAGACAGAUGCGAGCAACGAGAAGAGAAGGAAGGCAGGCAUUUUGCCCAGCCUGGAAGAUCUGCUGUUUUACACCAUUGCAGAGGGCCAGGAGAAAAUUCCAGCUCACAAAUUUACCACGGCACUGAAGGCCACAGGUCUGCGUACUGGAGACCCUCGUCUUAGGGAGUGUAUGGAGAUGUUAAAGGUCACCCUCAAGACCACUACAGAUGGUGCUCUGGAUCGACAUCUCUUCAAAAAGUGUGUGCAAAGCAACAUUGUGUUGCUAACACAGGCUUUCCGAAAAAAGUUUGUCAUUCCCGACUUUCAGUCGUUCACCUCUCACAUCGAUCAAAUUUACGAGGGUGCUAAAUCAAUGUCGGGUGGCCAGGUGGCAGAUUACAUUCCUCAGCUAGCGAAAUUCAGUCCUAAUCUCUGGGCCGUUUCCCUCUGCACUGUAGAUGGCCAACGAUACACUGCGGGUGACACGAAAGUUCCAUUUUGUCUGCAGUCGUGUGUGAAACCGUUAAAAUACGCAAUUGCGGUUCACGAUCACGGCACCGAAUACGUCCACCGCUUUAUAGGGAAGGAACCCAGCGGCCUUCGUUUCAACAAACUCUUCCUUGACGAAGAUGAUAAACCUCACAAUCCCAUGGUAAACGCUGGCGCUAUAGUUUGCACUUCCCUUCUCAAGCAAGGUGGAGGCAACGCUGAGAAGUUUGAUUAUGUGAUGAACUUUAUGAAGAAGUUGGCCGGAAAUGAGUAUGUUGGUUUCAGCAAUGCUACGUUUCAAUCAGAGCGAUUGUCAGGUGACAGAAAUUUUGCCAUUGGUUACUACUUGAAGGAGAAGAAGUGUUUCCCGGAGGGUACAGACAUGAUUUCCAUCCUGGACCUUUACUUCCAGCUGUGCUCCAUUGAGGUAACCUGCGAAAGUGCCAGUGUGAUGGCAGCUACCCUGGCGAAUGGCGGCUUCUGUCCAAUCACGGGCGAGCGUGUGCUGAACCCCGAGGCCGUACGAGACACUCUGAGUCUCAUGCACUCUUGCGGCAUGUACGACUUCUCCGGACAGUUCGCUUUCCAUGUUGGUCUCCCGGCUAAAUCAGGUGUUGCCGGAGGCAUCCUGCUGGUAGUGCCCAAUGUGAUGGGCAUCAUGUGUUGGUCUCCUCCUCUUGACAAAUUGGGCAACAGUGUGCGAGGAAUCCAGUUUUGCACGGAUCUGGUCCAGCUCUUCAAUUUCCACAAUUAUGAUAAUUUGCGCCACUUUGCCAAGAAACUGGAUCCACGCAGAGAGGGCGGAGAACAACGGGUCAAGUCCGUUAUCAACCUGCUGUUCGCGGCCUACACAGGGGACGUGUCCGCUCUGAGGAGGUUUGCUCUCUCGUCGAUGGAUAUGGAGCAGAGAGAUUACGACUCGAGAACGGCUCUUCAUGUAGCUGCCGCUGAAGGUCACGCUGAGGUUGUGCGUUUUCUUCUAGAAGCCUGUAAGGUGAACCCGGUGCCCAAGGACAGGUGGGGCAACACUCCCAUGGACGAGGCCAUUCAUUUUGGCCAUCAUGAUGUCGUAACAAUUCUGAAGGACUAUCACAACACCUACAGCCCCAAGGAGAGCACCGCCGACAGCGAAAAAGAGACCGCCGAGAAGAACCUGGACGGCCUGCUGUAGAGAUGAUGUGUUGAGUUAAAACACUUCAGAUUUUUCCCGUUGAGUCUGUGUGUCUGAGGUACGCAUUUAUUUAAGAAGAAAACUUACAAAUGUGGGGGGGAAAAAGUGUUUGGCCC